AUGGAUUAUUUCUCGAAAUUCUUGAGGCAGAGUAUACAAGCAAGUCCUAAGAUCGAGGUCGACCAUGCUCUGGAAUUCCACAGAUCAUGGAUGCUCAUUAAGAAUACUUUGACUGAACCAGACGAACGACAAUUGUCGCGAGGUAUCAAGUCGACUGAUGUGCCGGUACACUUGCAGUCCAUGGUCGAUGCUCUCGUGUGGGAGUCAAACAGGACCGAAGAAGGAGCCACAGGUGCUUGCCUCGAAUACCUUCUAAAGAAUGACGUGUUGGGGACGCUUGUCAAACUCAGCGAGGCAGAUCGUCCAUUCGGCGCUCAAGCUGAGGUGCUCCGGGCUGUCCAGAAUAUGGUAGUCCUUCUCGAUGAACAAUUUCUAGUACACUCUGCUGUACACAAGGCUGUCCUCCGUCUACUCAGGAACUGUGUUGGAGACGAUAUUCAAGAGCAGCUUGAUGGCCGUAACAAAGUGAUGGGUGCUGCAGGUAAUGCAGUCAGAAGUCGACCUUCAGAGUAUGAGGAGGACUUGGUCAAUCUUCUGUGUAUCCUUUGUAGCAGGAUACGGACGUAUCGGGAGCUGCUCAUGAUAUUUUUCCACGAUAAGCACUGGUAUAGGCCUGAGCCGUUGUUUGCUGUGGAGGAGGAUGACGAGGAAGAUGAGGAAGAUGAGAGGGAGGGCAACGGGCAACAGCUUUCCGCGGAAUUAACGGAUGUGCGGCCCUCUGCAGACGUCGCGAAGACGCAUCGGACGUCGUCACCAUCUCCUUCUGAAGACACAUCAAAUUCGGGCCACGCUUCCUCCACGACGAAGAAACCAGAGUAUGAGUUUCUCCUGUUCAACUAUCUGCUCCGGUUCGUUCACCGAGAAGGGCGUAUUGGCGACUUCGCACGUGCAGGACUCCUCUUCCUCAUGGAUGUUGCAAUGUCUCCCGGAGGAUCAGCACGCAAGUCUGUUGAAGACGGCCUAUCGUCAUCGACCUCAUCGGACACGAUACAUCCGGAUCCCACCGUAGACGCUGCGCUUGCACUUGCCGAGUACAUCAUCGAUGGAGAUUUCUCUGAGGUCCUCGCCGCAGGAGUUUCCGCAGUAUACUCGUUGCUUCCUCGGAAACUGGAGAUACGUUCCGCGCCGCCUACGGAGUCUGCCCCUGGAGGUGGGAUGGUGCUUGGCAGCACACUCGCAGAGGUGACCGAGGAAGAGAAGGGUAGACUCGAGGCUACAAGGGAGAAGAACCGUGCCAUGGGUAUAGAGGAGUCGUCAAACCCGGACUUCAAAGCACGCCUCGACCACUUCCUUAAACUCCUGGAGUUCCUGCAGGACGUGCUGCGUCGAAACGUCGUCCAUGAACCUGUGGACGACAACGUGGAACCUUCAGCGCUCGUGGGUUCAGCGAUCGUACAGUGCAUCCUGGAUGCCAUGCGGCGCGUCUUCCUGGAGAAUGUUCUCUACCCCUCCAUUCUCGAGUGUUCGGAUGCUGAUGGGAGUGCUGUUGCUGUCAUGUCUUACAUCGAGAUCAUGAUUCGCACGCUUGAGAACGGCCAGCUGGCGGACCUCUUGAUAGACUUCCUCAUGAGCGAGGACAACAGCGAAAUGCCUCGAAACAGAGUUCGUCAUCAGACACUCAAUCUGUCAGGUGAUGCCCCUCCAAUAUCAAGGUCUGCAGGUGUGGUCGACAAGGAGACGAAGUCACGGAGGAGGAGAAGCGCGGCAAUGGUACUCUUGGAGAUGGAGGCGCCCAAUUCGAGGCGGCAGUCGGAAUACUUCACGUCCAUGGGCCGGUUCACGCUCAAGGACCUACUCCUAAGUAGCCUGCGAUCCAAAUCGCAGCCUACCGCCACUUCCGCGCUUCAGCUGCUGCAAUCGCUGCUUCUACACUACUGCACGUUGUGCGUUGAUAGACUACUCAUUGUCAUUCCCGACCCUCUCGCCACUAGCUUCCCCGAACCCCCUGCGAUCGAACCGUCCCCAGAAGAGAGACCAUCACCCACCGUAAGUGAUGAUGGCGAUGACGAUGACGAGACGUUCGAAUUCCCCAGCUUUCAAGACGGUCUCAAAGUUACGACAAGCAACCCGAUCAUCGUGGCCCCCACAGGUUUUGUGCAACCAGACACCACCUAUUGGACCCAUGAGCGUGAGAUGGGCUUGUAUCUCACUUUAGUCUCGCGAGUCGAUCCCCACCACAACGAGGAUGCCUUCAGCACGGGAUACGACCAUUAUCUGCGGGAUGCUUUGUUCUCAAUAGAAAGCCAGUUGUGUUUCCAGCAAGAUAUCGAACCGAGGGCGCGAGCAAAGCUGAAGCAUCGCCUGAAUCCCAACGAUCCCGUGCUUUCGCUCGUGCUCGAAUCGUUGCGGAAAUUCUUCGCCAAUACGCCCGAGAUGAACAUGGCGUUGACAGGUGUACUGGCCACACUCGCACUAUGUCCGGACCGUUCCCUGGCAGGUUGGCUGACGUUUGCGCCGAAGGCAGCUGCUUCCUCUCCAGUUGGGCCGGAUAGUCUCUCUGUGUAUGGCGACGAUGGGGAUGACCGGUCCAUGGACUUCCGGAUAGAAGAGAAGCUCGCAUCAGAUUCGCAUUUCCUCCCUGCCUCCAGUAUCGAUGACCAGUCACGUCCCGUGGUUCACUCUGUCUUCCAUGGGCUCGUUUCGCAGUUGGAACGGUACAGGCAAAUGGUUGAGAAGUUUGACCAAUACCUAUUGGAGCGGCGGCAAGGCCUGCUCUUCUCGGAAAACCUGACGGACGCGUUGACGCUCGCGCUGGACUUCGACGCGAAUGUCUCACCGAAGACGAGUAUCUCCCUCAGCCCAAGCGCGGCUGCAACAGAGUCCAGCACACUUCGCCUGAAACCGAGGUCGAAGUCUGCAUCUUCCUCACUCGUGUCGUUCCUCACUCCCAAAAAGAAGCCCGCUAAGUCUCCAGUCGCGGAGGCCACCCCUCCCCCGCGGGGUGCAGACAAGACUGUUGAAGCCAGUCCCUUCGGUCCUCAUUACCAGAUGACCGGCGCUAUUAUCGUCGAGCCGUUCGCUGCUCCGGCUCCUUCUUCAGGGCCGUGGACACCCGAACGAUCCCGCAAAUACAACGCUGACGACGAGGAUGUGCUCGCUUCUUUCGGGCAGUGGGGAGAAGGUCGGUCCGACGCAGAAGGCAAUGCGGCCAGGGAGGAUGAGGAAGAGGAAGAGCAGACGAAACCGGCGACCGUCACGUUGUCGCGUCUAUUAGAUAAUGUGGUAAUUCUGGAGGAGUCCAUCAAGGAACUGGUGGCAAUCAUUCAUGCGCGACGCAGCCUCGGGAUCGACUCUAUACGCUAUCUGUAG